CCAAUCCCCACUUCGCCCGCCCGCCUCCGCCUCUCUCCCGCCGUGAUAACCGAACGCAACAAACCAAAUCCCCAAACCCAUCGCCACCCCAACCCUCUCCAGCCAUCGCCGCCUCCAUGGCCUCGGCCGCCGCCUCCGUCGACGCCGCCGGCGACCACAACCCCCCGGAGAUCACCCCGGCGGACCUCACCAGCCUCGACCCCGCGGCCGAUCCCCAGAGGAACGGCGAGCCCCCAGCCCCGCCGUCGGGCGACGACGGCACGUCGGCGAUGGGGGUGACGGAGAUUCCGGACCCGGCGCGGGCGGAAUGCGGGGCGAAGCGACCGCGACCGCUCCCGUCCCGGGCACCUCUGUGCAGCAAGUGCGCGCGCAGGAAGGCGAUCCUCCGCGGAACCGAUCCUGCUCCCCAAAGGGACGACGAGCCAUCAGCGUUGCCGUCAGCGUCGGCGUCGCCGCCGUUGACGGGGACGGAGCUUGCGGACCCGGGGGCCCUCGGGGCGAAGAAGGGGCCGCCCUCGCCCACGGCGACGACGUUGUGCGGCCGGUGCGAGUUCCGCGAGAAGAUACGCAACGAAAUGCUUCUCCGAAGCACCAGGAACCGCGAGGCCCCCGCGCCGCCGCCACCAGGGACGCCGCGUUUGCACAUCCCGCCUGACGCUGACAUGGGGUGGGUGAUGCGGCAGCUGCACCUGUGGGAGCCGGAGAGGGCGCCGAAGCUGAAGCGGCGCGCGAAGGAGCGGCCUGCCCCGGGGAAGCCUCUCACGGCGGAAGAGGAGAGGGGGUACCGCGAGUGCGACGUGGGCAAGAAGCUGAUGCGCCAUAAGUGGGAUGGGCUGCAGCACAAGUGGGGCGGGAUGCGCCGGAUCAAGUGUAUUCCAAGGAGCCGCCGCCAGGGCGCCGCGGAUGGAGGAGCCAAUCUGCUCGCGAAGAUCCAGGCUGCGCAGGAGUUUUUCAAGGAGCCGCCGCCAGGGGCGGAGGAGGUGAUGCGCAAGAGCUGGGCUGAAACACGCGGUAUGCUGGAUAGGAUGGAGCUGUCUGUGAAAGAGUUUGUGGACUUGGGCGAUAAGAAGCUGCAGCUGCGGCAAGGGCCGCAGAAGGUGCCGAAGCUGGACGACUUGGACUUCACUUGUAGAGGAGUUGAUCCGCUGCCGAGCACGAGGCUGGGUGUGCGGAAGCCGUUGCGCGUCGACGAUGCGAAGCUGGCGCCGCCACAGGGGGCGCAGAAGGGGCUGCGCAAGGACUCAGUGUGGGAGAUGGCCCGCUUCGGCGCCAUCUCGGCUGGACGACGCAAUCCGCUGGAGAACACGAUGCUGUCUGUGCAGAAGGCGUUGCGUGUUGAUGAUGCGAAGUUGGCGCCGCCGCCGCAAGGGCCACAGAACCCCAGCUCCAGCGCAGCGGCUAGAGUGGAUGUUUUGCAUGACAAGUUGGCGCAGAUGACCAAAGUACUAACAAAGGUACUCCAUGAGGCGGGCGUCCUACAGGUCUCAAUGAAGCUCCUGCGGUUGCUAUGCCCAGGUGUCGGUUCUAGCGCCGCAGCUGGAGGCGCUCUGGAUGGGAACGAUUGGGGGCUGGUUGAGGAGACGAUAGACAAUUUGGUGAAUCAGACCGGGGAGGGCAUGCAGGACAUUGUCAAGACAGUGAUACCAAAAGUUUUUUCCAAGGAGAUUCUUUAUGACCUCAUAAUGGCGUGUGUUGGACGAUACCCAAAGUUGUUAGAAGAUGAUAAAGGCAAGUUAACUGCAAAAAAAUAUGAGCAGUACCAGAAGCAGCUUGACCUCAUGGUGAACCUUACUACGGUUUAUGAUAACGAUCCUGAGAAUUUCCCCAAGAUAAUGAAACUCAUGUGCAAGAUCGGAGGAUGUGGUCCACUUCCCAGUGAAGUCAUUGAUGAUAUAUCUCCUGGUCUUGAUCUGAGUACCAUGGAGCAACUGUAUUCUGGGAUGCUGGAGCUGCUGCAUAAUGUUGGACAGAGAGUCCCCUGUUGAUACCAAUCCUUGCUCUGAAUGAAGCAGUGGCGACGUGCACCAUUGAAAGAGUUACUGUCCUCUGUAAAGCAUCAUACGCAGACGAAUAACGAAUUCAUUCUUAGUUUCCUGUUUAGUUCAGAAAUUGGUACAUGAACACUUUUGGUUAGCACUGCAGCUCUGGCACACAAAUGUGUUUCUACUGAGUACUAGUAACUAGCGUUGGAAGUAUGAAGUGACGAAAUGAAUCUGUACUCUACUAUCUCCUUUAUAUCUGUGCUAUUUUCUAUGCUA